CGGUAUGCAGAAUGUUCUGCGCCAUAGAGGGCUUGCAACACCAUAUCGCCUCUCAUUUCAAUCUCAUGCAGUCCGACCAAUCGCUUUGCGCCCCUUGGCGGGAGUGCGGUGGAACAGCACCUCGCUGGACAAGCAACCGGGGCGAACUCCGCCUCCUCCGGUAGCGACACCAGGUGCACAACGUGAGCCAUCGAAAUCACGACUCACGGAUCCUGCACCCCGACCAGCUCCGGUUCAGGCGAGCACACCUCAGCCUCCUCCUCCACCUCAAGCAGGUCUGAAUGGCUCCCCAGCUUACGCUCCUGGAACUACUCCCUCUACAAGUCCCACGAAGCCCAUCAGCUCAGUUGAAGCUAAAGAGCAGCUUGCCGAUGAGCAUGUCUCCAAGGAGAUUGCGGACCACAAGGCGGAUAAGCCGUCGAAAGAGCUUGCUGAACCGAACAAGCCCUUACUUGCGCGGGCGUGGGCCUGGCUGAAGCAUGAGGCGAACCACUAUUGGUCCGGAACGAAGCUGUUAGGGAAGGAGAUCAGGAUCAGUGCUCGAUUGGUUAGCAAGGUGCUUGGAGGAACAAAGCUGACUCGUCGUGAGCACCGUCAGCUUAAGCGCACAACGAACGAUCUCCUUCGCCUGAUUCCCUUUUCGGUCUUCGUCAUCGUUCCAUUCAUGGAAUUCCUGCUGCCCGUCGCACUUAAGCUCUUCCCCAACAUGCUUCCGUCCACCUUCGAGGACAAGUUUGCUGCGGAGGAAAAGGCACGCAAGUUGCUCCGUGUGCGUAUCGAAAUGGCCAAAUUCCUCCAGGAUACGCUGCGGGAGACGGGAGUGAAGGGUGCGGCAAAAAUUGCAGACUCGGAGGAGUUCAAGGAGUUCUUCCGGAAGGUCCGAUCCACUGGUGAGGAACCGACCAGAGAAGACGUCAUACAUGUUGCCAAGCUCUUCAACGACGAUCUCACCCUGGAUAACCUCUCCCGACCCCAGCUGGUGUCCAUGUGCCGCUACAUGAACGUGAAUGCUUUCGGAACGGAUAACUUCUUGCGGUAUGUGAUUCGCCAGCGGUUGGGUAGCAUCAAGAGAGAUGACCAGCUCAUUGACGACGAAGGUGUUGAUUCACUUUCGACCAAAGAGCUUCAAGAAGCGUGCCGUUCCCGCGGUGUUCGCACAAUCGGCAUUUCUCCGGCCACUCUGCGCGAAGACCUCAACCAAUGGAUCGAACUUCACCUGACUAACAACAUCUCCGGCACACUGCUUAUCCUGUCACGUGCCUUUGCUAUGGGUGAGAAGGGCGACGAUGUUGUCAAGAGCUUGGAAGCGACCCUCGCUAGCAUGCCUGACCACUUGCUCAACGAGGCGGAGUUGGACGUGUCGGGUGAUAGGGGCAGCUACCAGCAGAAGCUCGAGGUACUCCAGCAACAAGAGGAGCUCAUUGAGGAUGAGGCCGAACAGGAGCAGGAGGAAGAAGAUGCUCGUCGCAAGAAGCGUGAGCUCGAGGAACGCACGAAGCGGGAGAAAGAGGCCCAAAUGGCGCAGUCGAUGCUUCCUGAAUCCGAGCUGGUAGAGGAAGAGGAUGCGCGGAUGACGACUGAGCAGCUGAGCGAACUUGGCGAGGCACUGUCCAUCCUCUCUGCCCAGUCUUCCGUCCUCAAGGAGCGUGCGGAGCUCCAAGCGCUAAUGAAGGAGCAUGAAAUUACUGAAGUGCCUGAGGACCCGUCCACCCUCUCUUCCGAAGACCGCGCCAGCCUCAGUCUUGCCAAGCGUAUCAAGGGCAUGUUGAAGAAGAUCGACGCGCAGUUGACCGAGUAUGAUACCAAAGUUGGCAACUCGCUCCAGCUGAUCUCCUGCACCUCGCAAGGGAUGAUCUCUAUCAAUGACCUUAAGCAGGCGCUCAGGGUCAUUAAGCAUCAUCCUGAUGAGGAGACUAUUGAAGGGCUGGUUGGGAAGUUGGAUGUGGACAAGGAUGGGUUUGUCGUACUGGAACAUGUCCUUGAGCUGGCACGUGGAGAGAGUCUCGGCAUUGUCGUGGAUGAGCACGCAAAAGAUCUCAUGAAGGAGGGAAAAGAGCUUGUGGCUGACAAGCCUCGCAAGGAGGACAUAGUUCAAGAGUGAUUGAUUACCUUUUGGGCAUCCGGUGGUAUGCGCACACUGUACUUGUAUCAAACACUCGUUCACUAUAAACGCAACAC